GCGGGAGGGGGCGCGAGCGGCGCCUGCGCAGUCUCCUCCCCGCGCCGGGCGCAUGCGCGGUGCCGCGGCGGCGGCGCCCUCGCAGCGCUCCCGGCCCGGUGGGGGGGGGGGGCGCGGAUUUAAAGGGGCCGCGGCUCCAUUUAAGGGGGGGGGCGCGGAUUUAAAGGAGCCGCGGCCCCGAAUUAAGGGGAGGGGGCGCGGAUUUAAAGGGGCCGCGGCCCCGAUUUGGGGGGCCGCGGGGGCGGCCAUGGCGCGGCGGCCGCAGGACGAGUACCGGCGCGACUUCACCGUCACGGAGCCGCGCGCCCACCCGGGCGGCUACACCGAGUACAAAGUGACGGCCACGUUCGUUUCCAAGACGACCCCGGAUGACGUCAAGGAGGUGGUGGUGUGGAAGCGGUACAGCGAGCUGAAGCGGCUGCAUGGCGACCUGGCGCUGCUGCACCGGCACCUCUUCCGGCGCCUCGAGGAGUUCCCCCCCUUCCCGCGGGGCCACGUGUUCGGCCGCUUCGAGGCGGAGGUGAUCGAGGAGCGGCGGCGGGCGGCCGAGGCCCUGCUGUGCUUCGCCGCCCGAAUCCCCGCGCUCUGCAACAGCCCCCAGCUGCGCGACUUCCUGCGGGGAGGGGAGGUGCGGAGGCCCCUGGACCCCUGUGAGCUGCCCCCGCUGCCGCCCCCCCUCAUCCCCGUCCCCUGCGAGCCCCGCGAGCAGCCCCCCGGCCCGGGCGAGCCAGGUCCCCCCAGCCCUGCCGAGGAGGCGGCCGAGGAGGAGGAGGAGGAGGAGGAGGAGGAGGAAGAAAACACUGCGGCGAGAGAGCAGACGGAGGCCGGCCCCCCCCCCGCGGCGGCAGCCCCCCCCGCAGCGGCCCUGUCCCCGGAGGAGCUGGCGCUCUUCGACCCCGUGCUGGCAGGGGGGCCGGCGGCGGGGGGGGGCCCCGGCGGGGGCUACGUGGCGGCGGCCACGGCGGAGGUGCGGCGGGCGCUGGAGCUGGAGGCGGCCGGAGACCCCCCGGGCGCCCUGGGCUGCUACCGGCGCGCCGUGCGCGCGCUGCUCCAAGGGCUGCCAGACGACCCCAACCCGGCGCGGCGGGCGGCCGUGAGCCGGCGCGCGGCCCAGUACCUGCGGCGGGCCGAGGAGCUGGCGGCGGCCCCCCCCGGCGGGGGCCCCUAGGGGCCCAGGCGUCCGGGAACCACCCUGGGGGCCCAGGCGUCCGGGGACCCACCCCCCCCCGAGAGGGACCAAGGCAUCCAGGUGCCACCCAGGGGCCCCGGCGUCCGGGACCGCCCCCGAAGGGACCCAGGCGUCCGGGACCCCCCCCGAAGGGACCCAGGCAUCCGGGGACCCCCCCGGAGGGACCAAGGCAUCCAGGUGCCACCCAGGGGCCCAGGCAUCCGGGUGCCCCCCCCCAAGGGGCCCAGGCGUCCGGGGACACCCUCAAAGGGACCCAGGCGUCCGGGCGCCCCCCCCCGCCAAGGGGCCCAGGCGUCCGGCAGCAUUAAAGCCCAUUCGCACCCGA